AUCUCACGAAAGAAAAGCUACCGCAUCAACAAGUCCAAUGUCUGAGAUUAAAACUAAUGAUUGCAACUCUAAUGAGAGAAACACUGGAGCAUCAAUGUCAAAGUCUUAUGAACCGGGUCAUUGCAAGUCACAAAAAGCAAGAGCUGCCAUAUCAAAUACAACGUCUCACAUUUAUGGUGAUUACAAAUCUAUGGAAACAAAACCCACAGUAUCGAAUUCAAAGUCUCGUUUACCACCUGAUGAUAAAAAACCUCAUCCAACAAAAGCUACUAAAUCAAGUUUGAUGUCUCAGACAAAUAGUGAUGGUAAAGCUCACAAAUUCAAAGAUACCAUAUCAGGCACAAGCUUUACACUAGCUUGCGACUAUAAAUCCCACAAAACAAAGGUUACGAUAUCAAGCCCAACGUCUCCAACGACCCCCGAUCAAACAUUUUAUCCGGUUCUUUACACUUCUUCUUCUAUAACGAAUGGUUCACAACAUGUGCACUCCGAGUCCGAGACGGGAACCUUGGCUUCUAUUUGCAGCGCACAGACAAAAAAGACAGCCACCACUAGCAAAAACAUUACCACACGAUUGAAACGGUCGAAGCCAUCGACAAAUAGAAAGAUGGAACUUCUUGUGAAGGAGGGCAUCGAAUUCUACAAAAACGAGCAAUACGCGAACGCCUUGAAAUCCUUCAACACGGUUUUGAAGUCCCAAAUGCUUUGCAGCUCAACCGAACGCGACGAUGAUCCGCUCAUAGCAAAUACACUGGCAAACAUUGGAUGCGUGUACCUGCGUCAAAACCGGCACCAGCUUGCGGUCGAAUCCCUCCAGGAAUGUGUGCAGAUGAUGCUCCGCCUGAAGGCGAGUGGCGGGAUUGACGAUGACUCGCCAACGAAAGCGUCUCUGGCGGGGGUCCUGAACAAUAUUGGAACCGCCAAGUCCCUCCAGGGAGAUCACCAAGCAGGUCUCCCUUACUACUGGGGGGCACUCAGAGACGCGAUGGCGGUCAGAAAACGCAACGGCGAGAACAGUUCCACUACUAAAAACAAGAAAGAAAUAGCUAACGCAUGUUAUAACAUCGGAAGGGUAAGUAUGUUUCAACAAGAGUAUUCCAUCGCAAAGAACAUGCUGAAGGAAUCGCUCCGCUUGGAAAAGGAACUCUAUGGAAACCAGAGCAUAGAAACCGUCGACACUCUGAACCUAAUCGGAUUCGUGCACUACCGCACAAAAUCCUUCAAUGAUGCCGUCCUUGCGUUCACGGAAGCCCUUUCGAUCACAACGGCCGUGUACGGUUCUGUGCACGGAACUGUGGCAGUUUCGCUCCUCAACGUCGGCAUGGUGCUCGAGAAAGAGGAGGACCUGGUCGGGGCCCUUAGGUGCUUCAGCACGGCGGAAGAAAUUGGUACGAGACUCGGCCUUGGAAGGGACGAUCGCUGCAUGCGCACAGCCACGGAGAGUGCGAGCAAGAUUCGUCGGGACCUCUUUUCGCCGUCGUCGCCGGUACAGACAGAAGAACGGUCUCCGUCAAACUCCUCCUCCAAUCCGAAUGACAGGGAUGCCGAGGCGAGAACACCUACUGCUGAGAUCCCGGUCAUCCGAAGCGAGAAGAAACGUUCGCAUUCUAAUAAAACGCCUUCACCACGCGCCGAAAUCAACAAGUACGAUUCUCGAUCAAAGCCUCGAGCCCCGAAAUCACACACACGAAACGAGUAUUCGGAGAGGUUCAAUGAGGAAGAACCAACCGAUUAUCGAGAAGAUCCAUUCUGGGAGGCCGAUAAUGCUUCCAUUGUGGCGGAAAGGCGUGAGGUUUGAUUUUAUUCUAAUUCAUUUGAA